UCCAAUUAUACCGAGUCAGCUCCCCCACCUCUCUCCGUUAAGACAACGAUAACACACCGGAAAGCAGCUGCCGCCAAAGCCGCCACAGCGACAGGGGCGCAAUCGAAUACUCAACCGCCAUCUAACCUUCGUUCGAGUUACAGAAACGCUCCGGUCGCUGAAAUUUUUCCAAAUUAAACACUAAAUUCUGUAACUCCAAAGUUUCGUUACCAGAAUUGCAGUUUUUCAAUUCCCAUAAACAUACCAGACGUUUUCAAACUCAAUUCUUCUUCCCAUAUAUAACCUUCGUACUCCUCAAUUUUCUCACAGAAACCAAAAAAAAAAUCCCCUAAUUCAACCCUUCUCUGAGCUUUUACAUCAAAAAUUUUCACUAACAAUGGCGGCGAAAUCACUAAAAACACCUACAAUGAAGCUAAUCCUCGUAUUCAUAUGCUGUACAGCCAUUUUCGCACCACCAGCGGCGGCGAUGAAGGUCGCAAUGGCGCCAACACAACCUCAACCAUUCCCAACAGAGGAUAUCUCUUUUUUCCCCUGCUUUUCGUUUGUUCCAGAGGCGACGAAAUGUAUGAUCGAUGUGUUUAAACACCCAAUUGCUGCUCACCCCACUUGUUGCAAGGCCAUUUCGAAGCUCAAAAGUUGUUCCUCUUCGUUUUUUAAUGGAAUUCCUUCUGCUGAUAUGAUUGUGAUUAAGAGUGUUUGUACUUCGUGGGGCGCUUCAAUUUCUUAGAAUAAUAAGAAAUUUAUGAUAAUAAGAUCUGUUCUAGAAUAGAUUUUCGUUAAAUUGUUGAUUGAAAAGUCUAAUUCAAUUUCCUCAUUUUUCCUGUAGUCUUUAAUAUUAUACUUUAUAAUAUUAUAAGGCUCCGAUUCAACAUUCUGUAUUUCUCGAGACUGCUGCUGAUAACUCCAACAUUAAUUCUAAACCCAUUUCUUUAUUUUUCUUUGAAAAUGAUUCUAAACCCAUUUCAUUCACUCUGUUUUGCGAUCGGAAUUACAUUUAACGCCGCCGUUUCUAAACUGCCUGCCAUGGCCGUUACUAACCCUUCCGGCAAUGUUCAAGAUGCAGCUUCUAAAGGGGAAGUCCCUGAAAGAUACAUCCAUAAAGAAAGCGAUCGAGGAGCUCGAAAUGCUCCGACAAUGGCAGCUCCUGUAAUCGACAUUGCUCUCCUCUCCUCUUCCUCCAAAUCCGGACCGGAACUGGAGGAACUCCGACAUGUACUUCAAUCAUGGGGCUGCUUUCAGGGAAGUUAUUGAUGAGUACACUACUAAUGUGAAGCUGAUAAGUGAGAAAAUCUUCAAGGCCAUGGCAAGAUCAUUGGAUUUAGAUGAGAGUAGUUUUCUUAAGCAAUAUGGCGAGCAAAUUAAACUCGGCGCACGGUUCAACUUCUACCCUCGAUGUCGAAAUCCCGAUCUUGUUCUCGGUGUUAAGCCGCACGCCGAUGGAUCGGCAAUCACCAUUUUGUUGCAGGAUAAGGAAGUAGAAGGUCUUCAGUUCAUGAAAGACAAUGAGUGGUUCAAUGCUUCGAUUGUUCCGGACGCUCUUCUCGUCAAUGUGGGGGAUCAAGUAGAGGUAAAAGAAGAAACACUCGUUUAUUCUAAAAUCACUGUGAAACAUGUUUGUAAACAGAGUGGUGAUUUGAUAGUAGAUCACAAGUAAUGGGAUAUUCAAGAGUCCAGUUCAUAGAGUAUUGACAAACUGAGAGGGGGAGAGGGUAUCAUUGGCAGUGUUUUAGGUUCCAGAUUCAGAAAAAGAAAUUGAACCAUUAGAGGAGGUGAUUAAUGAAACUCUUGUACAACAUUGAGUUGAGGUUGAUUAAGGGAGGUUGCGCAUCAGACAGUCCGUUUCCAAAAUUAUUAAUCCAAAGAGAAACCGUAUCUCAAACAAUUCCCUCA